UUUUUUUGCGAUAAGAAUGCUGGUAUAUAAGUUUCUCCAUUUUAAAUACAUGUAGUAUUCAGAAUUUAUAUACAUGUAGUGAAUGGAGAAUCAAGCAACAAUGACACAACCAAAUACAGAAAUUAUCGUACAAACCAGCCACUGUCGUCAAGUUGUUUCCACCUUGUCACGUGAGAGUGUGCUGGCGGUGGAUUGCGAGGGGAUACAGUUGGGCGUGGACGGUCCCUUGACUCUAGUGCAAGUGGGAACCUACACUGGAGCCGUAUACCUUUUCGAUAUACAUGAAAACAAAAAGCUUCUGACGGAUGGUCGCCUGAAAUCUUUACUGGAAUCAAGCCAAAUUGUAAAGGUGAUGCACGCCUGCACCAGCGACAGCGCCGCAUUGUUUCAUCAAUUCAAUGUGACUUUACAGAAUGUGUUCGAUACUCAGGUUGCAGAUAUUGUCAUAGAAGAACAAAAUGGACGUCUUCUUGCCCCAGUCCUGAAAUUACAGACCUUGUGCGAAAAGUAUUCAGAUGGAGGCAAAGUCUCAGAAAAUAAAGAUGAACUAAAGACAAAGUGGACGAAAGGACAAAACGAUUUUUGGGCAUUGCGACCUUUAACAGAUGAAAUGAUUUCAUAUGCAGCUGGUGAUGUGAGGUCGCUGAUACCGGAAGUUUACGAAGAACUAAAGCGCAUGAUCGAAAAGAAUAGACUAUUGGAAACUUUUCGAGAACGAGUUUUAGAGAACAUCAACAUUACCAUAGACGAAGAAGCAAAGACAAAGAGACGAAAACGAGUAGAGAACUAUACAAUGCAAAUCAUCGAUUCCAUCAUUGAAAAAUGGGAACCAAGCACCAAACUCGAGGACUUACCAGAGGAUGGUGACGAAGUACGCGCACUGAAAAGGAUUGACGAUAGAGAUGCUCGCAAAAAGUCAGAAUUUAUUGACCGGUUAAAAACGGAAAUUAUCCAAAAUGAUCUGAAAGAAUUGGAUGAUGAACUUACAUCUGAGGGAAGCGAGCAUAUCGUAAAAAGGUAUACACUUCCAUUUCUUUCAAGAACUGUAAACCAUCCAAACAAAGCAAUGGGAAAGCAAGCAAAGCAAUUGAAAGACAAAGUACAGAAAAUCCUUCUGAACGACAUUGAGUCAAAAUGCAGCACUGAAACAAGGCUUAGCCAUUUAACAAACAGCGAGAAGGAUGUGUUGAGGUCCUUGAAACCAAGUAGCACAUACGAUGACGACUUUCCCGAAAUCGUUCUUCGUUUAUACUGGAUUUUAAUGGAAGAAGAUUUGGAGAGAAUGUAUGACUUGUUGGCGGACAAAGGGAAAGACUUCAAAAUGAAAGACCACUAUUAUAGAAAAAUUAAAUACUUCAUUGCCAGAGGGACAGAUGUACCAGUGGUUUUGAAAGAAAAGGCCCGAAAAUUAAAACGAAGACUCGAUUCAACAUUUGGACGCGACGUAGUACCGCGCUGAGAAUAUUUUAAGACUGUUAUAUCAUUUUGAUAUGUAACACAUUAUACUCCUUUUAAUUAAGAUGUGUUAUAAUUAUUAUUAAGAUAGGGCAAAACAGUGACUUGAAAAAUAAAUUGAUAAAUACUUGGUAAAUCUUAAAUAGCCGACCCUUAUUACAAAUGCGUCAAAAUCAUGCGAGGGUUCUUUUCAUGGACAGGGAAAUGUUACCUUCCUAAAAAUCAAUGAUACCAGAUGAUGAUUACCUCAUAACCCUGUUCAUAUUUCGCUGAGAUUAAUUCAUGUCUGAAAUCCAGUGUUUUUAAUAGUGAUAUCAAUGUUUUAAGUAAAACGUGGGAUUACUACGCAAAAGGUGAAUUUAUGAAAAAACAACGAGUAAAAAGUUUUGUUUUUCAAAACGCUUAAAAUGCAAAAUUUUUAUGGACUUAAUACGUCAUGGUAAUAUGAAGUCCGGAAACUUACCUCAAUAUUACUCCUUUGUGCUCUCGCACUAAUACAGACGCAUUUUAUCAUCAUAUACACUUACACAGAUCUUCAAUGCUUAACCCCCCCCCCCCCAAAAAAAAACCCCACCAACCAUACAGAUGAAAUUCAUUCUGAACACGUUUUUGGAAUUGAACGGGAAUUCGAAAAUGAAGGAAAUUAUCUAUUUGAUCAUAAUUUGUAAUAUAUAAUGGACAGAUACUAUGUUGUGUACUAGGCCUACUUAUAUUCAAUUGACACCUGUGACAUAGAUUGUUCUAGAGAGUUGGAUUUUACUUCUUGUUGUAUGCUGCUUGCACUCGAUUAACACCUGUGACCUAGAUUGUUCUAGAGCUCAUGUUUAGUAGAAAUAUGACGUAAUGGUUGCACCAUUGUCUUUCAAGAUUGUACUAGAAAAUUCAUUCCUACUAUAAGUACAAUGAAAAACUCUGAUUUAAAAAAACUCUUGGCAUGUUUGGAUUAUUUCAUACCUAAUUUUGUGUGUGCAUGGGUUUUCAAAUUUAUUGUUUACCUACCGUAAGUUAGUAUUUUGCUAUUGUUACAAAUUUCUUUCAAUUAUUCAUUGUAAAUAAAUCUUAUUAAUUGUU